ACUGUUUCGUCCUUCCACGACCUCCUACAAAAGCACUCUCGUGGGAAGUGCCGCACACGCUGAACUACAAUUGAAAAUGAGGCCCACAUUAAGCCUUCAGCGACUAGGACGGUCAGUCCCUCGCUGUUCCAUUUCGCGUGUCCAGUCCGCGCUUGGCUCGAGGCCCUUUUCGAGCUCAAUACCUUCGUUUGAUCGCAUGCCCCCGCGGGGAUGGACACCCACGCCCUUUGUGACGGAGACAGUGGGAGGUGGCUGGCACACCUAUGAUAUAUUUUCAAGGCUUCUCAAGGUUCAACAGGAGCGCAUCAUCUGUCUCAAUGGCGAAGUCGACGAGACCAUGUCCGCCUCAAUCGUCGCCCAACUCCUCUUCCUCGAAGCCGACAACCCCCAGAAACCCAUCCACCUAUACAUCAAUUCCCCCGGUGGCUCAGUAACAGCAGGCCUCGCAAUCUACGACACAAUGACCUACAUCGCCUCCCCGGUCAGCACAAUCUGCGUCGGCCAAGCCGCCUCAAUGGGCUCCCUCCUACUCUGCGGCGGCCAACCCGGAAAACGAUACUGUCUCCCACACAGCUCGAUCAUGAUCCACCAGCCCUCGGGCGGUUACUUCGGGCAAGCGACCGAUAUCGCGAUCCAUGCGAAGGAGAUUCUGCGUGUGCGCGCACAACUCAACCAGAUAUAUCAGCGCCAUUUGACGGGUAAGAAGCAGUUGUCGCUGGAUGAGAUUGAGAAGUUGAUGGAGCGGGAUUACUUUAUGGGGGCUGCGGAGGCGUUGGAGUUGGGAAUUGUGGACGAGAUUUUGGAUCGGAGGGUUCUGAGUCAGGAGAAGGGGGUGAAGGGGAAGGAAGCCGCCGGCUGUGUAAGGGUUGUGUUGUGUGAAGGUGUUGGGAGAUAGGGAUUGGGAGGUUGAUGGCUAUAAGGAUAUGGUUUAUGCUUCUCACUGUCGUUGGGGGAUAUAUGGGAAGCAUUUCCAUGUUUGAGUUGCUCGAUCUGUAUUAUUAUCAUGACCAUUGCUACUUUUUAUAUGCAGACUCAUCUUCUCUACUGCUCGGAGAUAGA